AUGAAUACAAACCCCAAUACACAAAUAAUACCACCUUUUAGAUUCGCAAUCAUUGAAGAAGUAUCAUUGACACCUAAACCACCAUCAAAGCCAUUCCUUAACUUUUGUGAGCAAUAUGGGACUACAAGCAAACACUUUGCAGUAUCAAAGUUUAAGGAUGAUGUUACUAUCAGUGCAUCUCAAGUUGUACAGUUAUUAGAGAUGAUGAUUGAUCCAGCCAAUUUACCAUUAUAUUGUCAUUGUUUGGAUGGUGCUAAUGUAACGGGCACGAUAUUUAUGUGUUUGAGAAAGUUGGAGAAUUGGAACUUGUCGGCGAUCAUUUCAGAGUUUACUAGGUUCACAAGAGGUAGUUGCAUUACUUCGUCUGAAUCAGAGUUUGUAGAGACGUUUAAAGCAGAGAUUGAUGUGCCAUUGACCAUCCCAUCGUGGUUGUGGCAAGGAGUGAGAAUGAGUAAGCAUCCUACUCUCAAACUGCGACUUGUCAGUGGCACAACACACCCAUCUUUGACGGCUGCUGGCGUGGUUGUACCUGGAUCGGCGCCACUCUCGUCGUCAACUGCUACAUUUUCAAAUAUACCUGUCAAUAAUCUAAACUCACUGGCUGGUAAUUCCAACCUUGGACAAUCACCAAUCUCUUCAUUCUCAUCGAUUGCAUCACCAAUUAUUAAUUCUACUAGUACUGCCGCCGCCGCCAACACAACCACUUCUAUCCCAUCAUCUUCUAUUUUAUUAUCAACUCUAACUACUAUUAGUAACACUCAGGCACAACAACAGCAACAACAACAGCAACAGCAACAACCAACUCAAACACAACAACAACAACAACCAAUACAAUCAUCGCAGCAACCAACUCAAACACAACAACAAUCAAUUGGAGAUGUUAAAUCAAUUAAUAAUACAAAUACAAAUAUAUCGACUACCGCUACGAGUACUACAACUACUACUACUCAAUCGACAACGAUAAAGUUUGAUAUACAAUCACCUCGAGCAACUAUAUCAUCACCUCCCAAUACACCUGCCUCCUCUGCUUCAACUAGUAUUUCAAAUCUAUUAACAAAUCCAAAGGAUAAAGAUAAAAAGAAAAAGAUUGAAGAAAUUAAAUUACAAUUUGAUGCAGGUAAAUUUAAUUUACCAGUAGAGAGUAAAUCAUUGGAUGCUUUGGCAUUGGAAAGAUCACCUCCAUUGAGUCAUACACAAUCAAAUGUAAACAGCACAAUUACCACUAGCAAUAUAUCAUCUACCAACUCUUCUGGAAAUAAUAGUUCAUUGGCAACACCAACAUCAAACAGAACAUUAUUACAAACAUCAUCAGAGUUUUCCUUUACCAAUGUAAAUCUUUUAAAUACUUUGAAUAAUAGUUCAACUCCUCCAAAAUAA